AUGUCACACUCCUCCGAGUGGUUACUUCAACUUCUUCAACGAUUCCUCAAGAACUCAACUAAAAUCCCACAAAUUCACGCCCUUCUACUCACCCAAGGCCAUCUCUUCAACAAUUCCCAAACUUCCUCUAAUCCAAAAUGCCUCACCACCCUUCUUUACAACACUCUCAUCAGAGCCUAUCUAACCUUAAACCGCCCUCGUUUUGCCCUCCUUCUCUACACCCAAAUGCUCUCCCAACAGACCAAACCCAACUUCCACACUUUCCCUUCAAUCAUCAAAUCCGCCACCAUUUAUUCCCCUCUUCUCCCCAAAUUGAUCCACGCACAUGCUUUCAAGAUUGGCGUUCUCACCGACCCCGUUGUCCUGACAUCCUUUGUUUCCUCUUACGGGGACCUUCGUGAACUGGGUAAUGCACGUAAGGUGUUUGAUGAAAUUACCGAUCCUUGUAUUGUUGCAUUUAACUCUAUGCUUGAUGCUUUUGUCAAAAAUGGGGACUUGGGUUCUGCUGUUUUCAUGUUUAGGUACAUGCCAGAGCGUGAUGUGGUUUCUUGGACUAGUGUCGUUAAUGGGUUUUGGUGGAAUGGGCGCUUUCUUGAGGCUCUCUGGUUUUUUCAGAUGAUGAUGAUGAGUGGUUCGGUUAAGCCAAAUGAAGCUACUUAUGUGAGUGUACUUUCUUCUUGUGCUAAUUUAGAUGCUGAAGGAGUUCUUUGUCGUGGGAAAGAAGUACAUGCUUACAUUAUUAGAAAUGAGGGUGAGUUUAGUGUUUUUAUAGGGACGGCGUUGAUAGAUUUUUAUGGGAAGAUGGGAUUAUUAGGAUGUGCGAGAACUGUUUUUAAUCAAAUGAAGAAAAGGGAGGUCUGCACUUGGAAUGCAAUGAUCUCUUCAUUUGCAUCCAAUAGUAGAGAAACAGAGGCAUUAGACCUAUUUGCCACUAUGAAGGUUGAAGGAAUACAUCCUAAUGAGGUUACAUUUGUUGCGAUUCUCACAGCGUGUGCUCGUGGCAAGCUCGUCAAAUUGGGAUUGCAGUUAUUCCAAUCAAUGUUGUACGAUUUCUCAAUUGUACCAAUUACUGAGCAUUACGUAUGUGUGGUUGAUCUCUUAGGCAAAGCAGGGCUUUUGCGAGAGGCAACUGAAAUCAUAGAGUCCAUGCCAUUUGACCCGGAUGCUUCUGUUUUGGGAGCUCUUUUGAGUGCGUGUAAAAUUCAUGGAGCCAUUGAACUGGGGAAUGAAGUGGGAAGAAGAUUGCUUGUGAUGCAGCCACGACAUUGUGGUCGGUAUGUGACUUUGGCGAGUAUGAAUGCUGGAGCGGAGAAAUGGAAUCGUGCUGCAGUUAUAAGAAGUGUAAUGGCAGACGCCAGGAUUCAGAAAACUCCAGCAUAUAGUAGAGUAGAUCCAAUGCAAAAUUUGGUGCUAAUAUCACCCUCUUGAUCUUGAAACUGUAAAAUAGUAUUUGUAUACAAGAGUAGUGUUGAUAAUUUUUAUCUGCAGCAUGAAAUGGUAAUACAUAGAAAACAGAUCCAAAUUGGUUGUUUGUACACACCGGUUCAAUCAUUCAAUUUGUUUUGCUUCUCUCAA